UAUAGGUGUUGUAUGAGUGUAUGUAUAGGUGAUACGAGUAUAUUAUAAAAUGUCUCUUUAAAAAAAUAUACUAUUGGGCUCCGGCUGGCCUGACAGCCCAGCCCCACCUUCAUCAGCGCCCCCUCCGCUCCAAAAUUCAUCCUCCCGCGCGCCGAAAUCGAAUUCAUUCCCCUCCUUGCUCCGCGACGCCGUCGCCAUCGCCGCCGCCGCCAUCGCCGCCGCCGCCCUCGCUCCGCCCGCUGUGACGCCACCUCUUCACCUCGCCGGACCGCUAUUUCCCUCCUCGCUUGGCCGCCACCUAAGCCCUUCGCCGGCGGGGGCGCGCACGAUCUCCGCCCCCGCCGCCCUCCAUGGCCGGCGCCUCCGGAGGAGCGGCGCUCGGUGGCCCGCACCCGAACCCUAAAGGCGACGGCCCCAGGCUCCAGUCGCUGGAGGGGAAAGGGAAGCCCGUCCCGCUGGCCGACAUCACCAACACCGGGCGGCCCAACCCCACCAGAUCCAUCAGCGUCGCCGACGUCGUCAAGGAGAACGCCAAGUUGCAUCAUCUGCUCAGCGAGAGGACAAAGAUCAUCGAGGUCAGUAGGGUUGAGAUGCAGAAGCUCCGCCUCGCGCUGCAAGCAUCGCGCCAGCAGAACCUGCAGCUCGCACAGACCAAUUCUCAGAUGCUCGCGGAACUAAAUCUGGGGAAAGAUAGACUCAAGGUAUUGCAACAUGAGCUGUCAUGUACGGCAGCAGUGCUUAAAGUAAAGGAUUCAGAACUCGAGUGUAAGAAUAAGACUGCUCAUCAACGGCGGAAGAAAGUAAAUUCACAGGAGGUCAUGAAAGCCAUACCUUCCAAAGUUGCAGCUGUUGAGGCUCAUCAAAUUGAUGGUUCAGUCACUAGUACCGUUGAACACCAUUUGGUUGAAGCUCAAUCUGCUGUGCCAUCAAAUACUGACUGCCAAGAGGCACCGCAAGAUACAACAAAAAAGAGAGGUAGAAAUAAACGGAAAUCAGAAUCAAGUGAAUGUGUAAAGGACACUAAUAUAACGCGGGACCACUACAAACCUCAUUUGCAACCUAUUAUGUCGUUGGAUCAUGAAGAUGCAAGAAAGCCUCUACGAAGAAGGUCUUCGAGACUGAACUCAGAAUCUUGUGAAGUUACAGAAGUAUCUCGCAAGACAUCACAUGAGGAUGCUGUAGCCUUCGAGACUGAACUCAGGAUCUUUCAAAAACAGCAUGGACCAACCACUGGAAAAGAUACAGAGUCACUGCAAAAUGAGUGCAGUGCAAUAGUGCAUGAAGUAGUAGUGGCUUCAGAAUUCAAGAAAAUUGAGAUAAAUGAGCAACCACGAAAGGAAGCAAGUUUGAAGGAGAUACAAGAAGCAUGUUCCAGGAUUCCUGGAGUUGAGGCUCAUCAAUUUGGUGAUAAGGCCAACAACACAAAACAGAGCCAUUUGGCAGAAACUCAAUCAUAUCUGCCAUUUAAUAUCAUCGAAGCCCCCAAGCCACCAGAAGACACAGUUAGCAAGAGAAAGUUUGUGUGCAGAGGGGCCAAUAAACAAAAGUGGGAAUUAUGUGAAAGUGGGAAAGACUCAACCAUAGAGGACAUAACUGCCAAAUGUGACUCAAGUACCAGUGAUCCAUUGCAUCAUGAAGAGAAGAGAAAAUCCCAAAGGAGAAGAUCAUUAAGAUUGAAUUCAGUAUCCUCUGAGGACACGAAGAGCACUUUUGAGACUCUGCACGAAGAUGUUAUUGCUCCUUUGCCCUCUUCCAGUUCAAAUGCCUUGAUGGAGCAGAGGACAAAUCAGCAGUCUGACAGUUGUUCCUCGAUGAAAUCUACCGAAGGGCAGGUAGCAGGGAGGCGGUCUCUGAGGCGGGCUGCUGAAAAGGUGGUCUCUUACAAAGAGAUACCCUUGAAUGUUAAAAUGCGACGACCUUAGCUACCACUUAGUACUUCCAGGAGAACCGUCCAUUGCAUUGUGUUCUGUGGUGUAGACAUGUAGCUUGCCAGCCUUAGCAGGUAGCUUUCCAUUCGUGUGCCCCAAAAGUAGGGACUGAUUGCACAUCUAACUCCGCCUCAAACAGGCCAUGGAAACCUGUUGCAGCCUCGUCAAUAUCGUUUGGAACCAUUGUUCUUAUUCUGCUUCUAACACUAGCGAGGGAUGUAUCGCUUUCUCCUCUUCUAUGUGUGUUGUUUUUGAGAAUUAUUUUUAACUGGCUGUAGUAUGAUUUAUGAACAAUGGCUGGCGUGCA